AUGCAAAAAAAACAAAAUAGGAAUAUCAUGACCACCUCUGCUGAUGAAGGGCAAUUCUUGAGCAUGCUUCUCAAACUCAUCAAUGCCAAGAACACCAUGGAAAUUGGUGUUUUUACUGGUUACUCUCUGCUUGCUACUGCCAUGGUUCUUCCCCAUGAUGGCAAGAUUCUAGCCAUGGAUAUCAACCGGGAAAACUAUGAUAUCGGUCUUCCAGUAAUCGAAAAAGCUGGGCUAGCUCAUAAAAUUGAAUUCAAAGAAGGCCCUGCACUUCCAGUUCUCGACCAAAUGAUUGAAACGGGUAAAUACCAUGGAACAUACGAUUUCAUAUUUGUGGAUGCUGACAAAGACAACUACUUGAACUAUCACAAGAGAUUGAUUGAUUCGGUCAAGGUUGGUGGAUUAAUAGGCUAUGACAACACCCUAUGGAAUGGUUCAGCGGUAGCACCACCUGAUGCACCUUUGAGGAAGUAUGUUAGAUAUUAUAGAGAUUUCGUGUUGGAACUGAACAAGGCCUUGGCUGCUGAUCCCAGAAUCGAAAUCUGCCAGCUCCCUGUAGGUGAUGGCAUCACCUUGUGCCGCCGCAUCAGUUAAAAUACACAACGGAAAGGCAUUCCACAGGGCUCAUUGCAAUAGAAGAUUUAUUAUUCAUGAGAUUCCCUUGUUUAAAAUCAUUUGUUAGUUUACCUUCUUAUGUGUAACUAAUAUUCUCUUUCCUGGAAAAGGUUGCACUGUUUAUAUUACCUAUUGUGUAUUCACCAUGCAUUUUUAUGAAUUGAAAAAGGAA